AAGCUUUUGAUAACACAUAUAAAAUACAAAUUUCAGAGUCUUUGUUAUUAGUAAUAUCCAGACGAAUAAUGACUACAGACUACAAGGAAACGUCACCAGUUGUCAAAACAACGCACGGACUUAUCAGGGGCGCUCUAGUGAAGUCCAUCUAUGAUGAUCCAUAUUAUUUAUUUGAUGGUAUACCGUAUGCCAAACCACCUUUGGGUGACCUGCGUUUCCAAGAGCCACAGGAUGUGGCGCCCUGGGAAGGUGUACUUGACUGCUUGAAGCCUAGGGAAAAGUGUCUGCAGGUAGACAAAAUGACCUUGGAAAUUGAAGGCUCUGAGGACUGUCUAUAUCUGAAUGUAGCUGCUAAAAGAUUGAAAAGUGAAAAGACUUUGCCGCUGAUGGUAUACAUUUAUGGAGGAGCCUUCCACCGAGGAGAUGCAACACGACGCUUGUGGUCGCCGGAGUACCUGAUGCGCGAAGACGUUGUCUACAUCAGCAUUGGCUUUCGAACUGGACCCUUUGGAUUUUUGAGUUUUGCGGAUCCUGCUGUUGGAAUUCCCGGCAAUGCUGGCUUAAAAGAUUGCAUUCUUGCCCUCAAGUGGAUACACGCUAACGCAGGUAUCUUCAAUGGUGAUGUGAACAAUAUAACACUCUUUGGCCACAGUUCUGGAAGCAUGAUGUGCCAACUGUUGUCCGUCAGUCCACAGGCAGCGGGUCUAUUCCACAAGUACAUUCUCUUGGCUGGAUUUUCGCAUGAAAUGAAUCGCUUACCCAAUAUUGAGUAUCGAGUGGCGCAGCAAUGUGGCUACCAAGGCAAAAAUAUUGAUGCACAAGUUUAUGAGUUCAUCAAAAAUGCUGAUCCCAAUCAGCUGGCUCGGGCAAACAUUCUGGUGGAUGAGGAGAAAAUUCACAGCUCCUCUGUAGUCACAUGUACACCGAAUGUAGAGCACUAUGAAACGCCCAAUGCUGUGAUACUUGAAGAGCCUCUGAUACUACAGCGUACAGCUUGGAGUAAUGACUUGCCUCUAUUGGUUGGCACCACCACUGGAGAAGGUCUCGGACUUAGUCCCAGCGUCGUUGAGUUGUGUAAGAAGCAACCUUGGGUACUGCUGCCCAGAACACUUAUAUUUCACGCUGAUUCCGAACAACGCAUUCAACUGGGAAAAACACAAUUGGAAUAUUUAUGCAAGACGAGCCUUGAUGAAAUAAGUGACGCCCACUUUAAAACACUUUGCGAUAUAUGCACACAGAAUCUAAUGCAUGGCCUGCAUCGUCUGCUUAAUGCUCGCCUGACUUAUGGUCAAGCUGAGAAUUAUUUGUAUCGCUUCGAUGUCGAAUCACCUGAUUUUAAUUUUGCACGCUUACGCUAUAAUGGCAAGUUUGGAGCUUAUCAUGCGGAAGAAUUAAGUUAUCUCUUCAAGCUGCCAGCUGCUUUCAAAUUGGAUGAGUCGAGAUCAGAAUAUUCAAUCAUUUUCCGAAUGGUUGCCAUGUUCACUGAGUUUGCUCGUCGCUCGAAUCCAAAUGCAUUGCUCACCAAACCUCAAGUUGAAUGGAAGCCGAUUGUAUCAAAGGAGGGACAAAGAAUGUGUCUGAAUAUCAGUGACAAAUUAGAUUGUUUGCCACAGCCUGAGCUGCACAAUCUACAGUUCUACGAUAAAUUGUUCGAGCAGGCAAGAGUGGAGUUAAUUCUGGAGACAUAUGAAAUAUCCCUGCCACAGGGUCAGAUCAAAGGAACAAAGCGAAGCACUCUCUAUGACGACGAGUACUAUAGCUUCGAGCGCCUGCCAUUUGGCAAACCGCCCCUGGGAGAGUUGCGUUUUAAAGCACCGCAACCGGCUGAUCCAUGGACUGGAGUUUUGGACUGUACCCAUUAUGGGGAGAAGCCGGUUCAGAAGGCCAUGCUGACGGGUACCAUUGAUGGUGGUGAAGAUUGCCUCUAUCUAAAUGUGUAUGCCAAACAGCUUAAAACAAAAAAACCCCUCCCGGUGAUGGUGUAUAUCUUCGGUGGUGCAUUUACUAUAGGAGAGGCUACACGGGAACUUUAUGGGCCAGAUUAUUUUAUGACCAAAGACGUGAUUUUGGUAACGCUCAACUAUCGUGUAGAUUGUUUUGGUUUUCUGAGCCUAAAGGACCCGAGUUUGGAUGUACCUGGUAAUGCAGGCCUGAAGGAUCAAGUGUUGGCUCUUAAAUGGGUUAAGAAAUAUAUUUCGUACUUUAACGGCGAUGCCGACAACAUUACUAUCUUUGGAGAGAGCGCAGGAGGUUGCUCCACCCAUUAUAUGAUGUGCACGGAACAAACACGCGGACUUUUUCAUAAGGCUAUUGUGAUGUCAGGCUCACUUCUUAACUAUUGGUCCGACACUCCACCCGCAGACUUUGCGUAUCGUCUGGCUAAGUUCCAUGGCUACGAGGGCGACAAUGUUGAUCGCCAGGUGUUGGACUACUUGCGAGGUGUGGAGCCAUAUAAGCUGGUCAAUCAUAACUUGGUUACACCAGAAGAGCGUCGCAACGGAUUUCUUUAUCCGUUUGGACCCACUGUGGAGCCUUAUGUGACUGCUGAUUGUGUGGUGCCAAAGUCUCAGCUGGAGAUGGUGCGCGAUGCUUGGUCUAAUGAGUUGCCUGCAAUGCUAGGAGGCGUUUCCUUUGAGGGACUCUUCAUGUAUCCUGCCCUAAAGGCAAAUCCUAAGAGUAUGGAUACCUUGCCUCAAGAUCCGCAUCGAAUUACGCCUUAUGAUGUUCGUUUAGUCAACAGCGAUGAACAAAUUCUAAAGUUCAGCGACAAGUUAAUCAAAUUAUAUUUUGGAGAUAAGACUCCUAGCUCCAAGCACUUAAUGACUUUCCUGGAUUACUAUUCACACAAAAUCUUUUGGCAUGGCAUGCAUCGCACUUUAAAGGCUCGUUUGGCCUACUCGAAGGCUCCAACCUAUUACUAUCGUUUUGACUUUGAUUCGCCUGAUUUUAAUUUCUAUCGUAAAAAAUUCUGUGGUGAUGACAUCAAGUCUGGAGUUUCCCAUGCCGAUGAGUUGAGUUAUUUGUUUAGAAACUCACAAUCUUGGAAAUUGGAGAAAACAUCGGGUGAGUAUCUCACCAUUCAACGCGUGGUGGGAAUGUGGGCAUCUUUUGCAAGCAACUCCAAUCCAAAUUGUGAGGAAAUUAAGCAUCUUAUCUGGGAGCCGUCGACAAAGGACCAAUUACAGCGUGUUAUUAACAUAAGCAAUGAGGUUACGAUUAUCGAUUUGCCAGAAUAUGAGAAUCUUCUUGUUUGGGAUACUUUGUAUAAACCGGAGGCACUAUUUUAAAUUUCUUAAGCUGGAGUUGUAUCUUCACAUAAACUGCAAUGAAGUUAAUAAAUAUUUGACAUAUUAAAAUCUAAAACUAACGUUGAUUUCUGGCAAAUAUUU